AUGCCUGUUCCAGAUACCGCUCUGCCCUCAUGGGGUACAUCUUCGCUUAUCAUCAUGCACGGGCAGUGGAUAUGGAGCGGUGGAAACAUAAUUCAGGAACUUCUGGCUAUUUUUGCAUGUUUGGGAGAGGAGAGCGAGUUCGCUCAACCGGUGAGUGACGCAUAUAUUAAGGCCACAGAUGGAUGUGUAGUUGUGCAAGCAGUGGCCUUCUGCCCCUGUGUGCAACGACCUCCGGAUUCAAAAAACGCUAGGGCGAGUUUCUUCUCGGUUGCCAGUGCAAUGAAAUGCCCUUUGAUCACCCGGAGAUUACCCACCAGCGCUCGCAAAACGCCGUUUCCCAGAAAGCUCGUGGCACAGGUCUGGAGGGCCGUCCCCGGUGCCUUGGGCUUUGGGGUUGGUGGCCACCACGUCUGGGCCGGCUCAGGAAUCCUUGUUUCGGGCCCGGCCAUUUGCCGCAGCGUGUUGGCCCCGUAUAGGUCGGCCAACGAUAGCGACAUCUCCGUCGAAUUCUUGAUCGCCGCUUCGAGUUUGACCAGCAGUCGAGUUGCCUCCGACCAAAAGAAGUCCAAUUGA